GAUUCUAACGCAGGCGUUUUGUGUGUUUCAGUGGUCGAAGGAUUAGCUCUGCUGGAUUUAGGGGUCUCGCCAUAUUCUGGAGCUAUUUUUCAUGAGACCCCACUGAUAAUAUAUCUGUUUCACUUCCUGAUUGAAUACGCUGAAUUGGUGUUCAUGAUCACUGAUGUGCUAACUGCUGUUGCCCUUUACCUGGCCAUCCAGGACUUCAACAAAGUUGUGUUCAAAAAGCAAAAGCUCCUAAUAGAACUGGAUAAAUAUGCACCAGAUGUGGCUGAACUCAUCCGGACGCCCAUGGAAAUGCACUACAUCCCCCUCAAGGUAGCACUAUUCUAUCUGUUAAACCCCUACACUGUGAUGUCUUGUGUGGCAAAGUCCACCUGCGCUAUCAACAAUACUGUCAUUGCAUUCUUCAUUUUAGCUACAAUAAAAGGUAGUGCCUUCCUCAGUGCUGUGUUCCUGGCCUUAGCAACGUACCAGUCACUCUACCCUCUCACAUUGUUUGCUCCAGCACUCCUUUACCUUCUACAGCGUCAGUUCAUACCAAUAAAACUGAAAAGUAAAAGCUUCUGGCUCUACACCAUGCAGUAUGCAGCCCUAUACCUGUGCAGCCUGGUGGUGAUCAUCUGCCUCUCCUUCUUCCUCCUCAACUCCUGGGAUUUCAUCCCAUCUGUUUACGGGUUUAUCCUUUCCGUUCCAGAUCUGACACCCAACAUUGGCCUUUUCUGGUACUUCUUUGCAGAGAUGUUUGAACACUUCAGUCUUUUCUUCGUAUGCGUGUUUCAAAUCAAUGUGUUCUUCUACACCAUUCCCUUGGCAAUAAAGCUAAAGGAACACCCUGUGUUCUUCAUGUUCGUCCAGAUUGCGAUCAUUUCUAUCUUCAAGUCCUAUCCCACUGUGGGAGACGUUGCACUGUACAUGGCCUUCCUUCCAGUCUGGAGCCACCUUUACAGAUUCCUCCGGAACAUCUUCAUCCUGUCAUGCGUGCUCAUUGUCUGCUCCCUCCUGUUCCCCGUUCUGUGGCAUCUAUGGAUUUAUGCAGGAAGUGCCAACUCCAAUUUUUAUUAUGCCAUCACGUUGACUUUCAACAUAGGGCAGAUCCUGCUCGUCUCGGAUUAUUUCUAUGCCUUCCUCCGGCGGGAGUACUACCUCACUCAUGGACUGCAUUUGACAAAGCAAGAUGGGACAGAGGCCAUGCUUGUUUUGAAAUAA